AUGAAGGUCGAGCAGACCUCCCGCAACGGCCUGCCGGCGGUGCUCCUCACUCACGCAUCGGGCUCAUCCGCGCUCAUCUACAUCUACGCCGCCCACCUCGCCUCUUGGGUCUGCGGCGGCGCCGAGCGCCUCUUUGUCUCCUCCACCGCCGAGUACGGCGGCGGCAAGGCCAUCCGCGGCGGCGUGCCCGUCUGCUGGCCGCAGUUCGCCGGGCGCGGUGCUCUUCCGAAGCACGGCUUCGUGCGCACCUCGGAUAAGUGGCGAGUGCUGCGCACCUCCACGGAGCCAUACCCGUGCGUCGUGCUCGAGUUGGUGGACGACGACGAGACGCGGCGCCUCUUCCCGCAGCCCUUCAAGCUGCAGUACUCGGUCACGCUCGACGGCCCCUCCUCCAUCUCGAUGGCGCUCUCCGUCCUCAACACUGGCACCGAACCCCUCUCCUUCACCGCCGCGCUGCACACCUACUUUCGCGUCGCCGACGUGCGCGGCGUCUCUCUGCACGGGCUUGGCGGACUCCGGUACGAGGACAACACGCGCGCAAACGCAGUGGAGACGCAGCCCGAGGGACCGCUCUCCAUCGCCGGCGAGGUGGACCGCGUCUACCUGGACGCCCCCGCCGAGGCGCACAUCGUCGACGGGGCGAGCGCCAUCAAGGUGCUCAAGCUCGGGUUCCCGGACGCCGUACUGUGGAACAUCGGCGAGCGGGCGGCGGGCGGCAUCAAGGACCUCGCCCCCGGGGAGUGGCAGCACUAUCUCUGCUACGAGGCUGGCGCCGUCGCGAAGCCCGCCACGGUGCCCGCGUCUGCGUCGUGGACAGGAGGGCAGACCUUCAGCUGCGUCGACGCGUGCGAUGCGCUGGGCAAGCUCUCCUUGGGCAAGUGAGGCGCGGCCCUUGCGCCCGAGAGGCGCGUACCACUCCGAGGCGCCUGCCGCCGGGCCGCUCCCCUCGUUGAAACUUGAAUCCGUUUUGGGCCUUUGCUGCAUACUACGUUCUGCGUCACACCGCCGCAGUAAUUCAGUGCGUUGCGGCGAUGCCGUGUGGGAUUGGGAGAAUCGGCCGCGGCACUGCUGCGCUGCGGGUUGCGCGUCGGGCUGCGGGCCGUCCGGGCAGCGCGAACGAAAUAAAUAAAUAAUUAAUAAAUAAAAA